AAAUUUUUGGAAAAAGGGCAACGCUUUACAACAAUCCAAGAGCCAAAUACUGCUGCAAUAGUAAGUAUUAAAAAAGGAAACGGCAUAAAAAGAGAAAGUGUACUCUGGUUCCACUGUCUCUUUUCUUCGUCACGACUGAUUGAGUAGUCUCUUUCCCGAAAGCUGAUACUUUUUUGAUCUAUCUAUUCCAACCCACUUUACAGCAUGCCUCCUAAGAAGCAACAGCAGAACGAGGUUCGCGUCCAAUGGGGUCGUCCCGGUAACAACUUGAAGACUGGUAUUGUUGGUAUGCCCAACGUUGGUAAAUCCACCUUCUUCCGUGCCAUCACCAAAUCCGUCUUGGGUAACCCUGCCAACUACCCUUACGCUACUAUCGAUCCUGAAGAAGCCAAGGUUGCUGUUCCCGAUGAGCGUUUCGACUGGCUCUGCGAGACUUACAAGCCCAAGAGCAAGGUUCCAGCUUUCUUGACCAUCUUCGAUAUUGCCGGUCUUACUAAGGGUGCAAGCACUGGUGCCGGUUUGGGUAACGCAUUCUUGUCCCACGUUCGUGCAGUAGACGCCAUCUACCAAGUCGUUCGUGCUUUUGAUGAUGCUGAAAUUGUUCACGUCGAAGGUGAUGUUGAUCCUAUUCGUGACUUGGCCAUCAUUCGUGACGAAUUGUUGAUUAAGGAUGCUGAGUUCGUCGAAAAGCAUCUCGAGGGUCUCCGUAAGAUUACCUCCCGUGGUGCUAACACCUUGGAAAUGAAGGCCAAGAAGGAAGAGCAAGCUAUUGUCGAACGCGUAUAUGAAUUUUUGACCGUCAACAAGCAACCCAUUCGUAAGGGACAAUGGUCUAACCGUGAGGUUGAAUUGAUCAACACCUUGUAUCUUUUGACCACCAAGCCCGUCGUUUACCUUGUUAACAUGAGCGAGCGUGAUUUCGUUCGUCAAAAGAACAAGUAUCUCCCCAAGAUCAAGGCUUGGAUUGAUGAAUUCAGCCCCGGUGACACCUUUAUUCCCAUGUCUGUUGCUUUCGAAGAGCGCUUGACUUCCAUGUCUGAAGAAGAAGUUGCUGAAGAGUGCAAGCGUCUUCAAACCAAGAGCAUGCUCCCCAAGAUUAUCAUCACUGGUUACACCGCUUUGAACCUUAUCAACUACUUCACUUGUGGUGAGGAUGAAGUUCGUUCUUGGACUGUCCGUAAGGGUAUCAAGGCUCCUCAAGCCGCUGGUGUCAUUCAUACCGAUUUCGAGAAGGCUUUCGUUUGCGGUGAAAUUAUGCACUAUCAAGACUUAGUCGAUCACAAGACUGAAAAUGCUUGCCGUGCCGCUGGUAAGUAUAUGACCAAGGGUAAAGAAUACGUAAUGGAAAGUGGUGACAUUGCUCACUGGAAGGCCGGAAGACGUUAAAAAAUAAUUAUAUUUUGUUUUGUCCUAGAAAAUGGUCUACAUGAAAAAUUUCAAUUGGUUUUUUGUUUAGUAUAGAAGGGUCUCUUGUUAAGCCGUAGUUGUAGCGACUG